GCCAUGUGGGAGUCCAGUGCCCUUAACCACCACACUGCCUGCUAGACCCUGGGUCACAGCAGUGACCAGAGAGACCAAAUUCCUUAAAGAGCUCAGGACAGUGAGGGAGACCAACAGGACAGGUGACUGGGGCAGGGCACUGGCCGGUGCGUCGUAGGCGGUGACUGGUCAGAGACCGCCGAGGGAAGACGGGCUGCUAGUAGAGUGUCCGGGAAGGCUCUGAGAUGGUGGUAUUUUGGCCCAAACUGGAAGGGUGAGAAAAAGCCAGGCAGCCAUGGGAGGAGAGGAAGAGGGAACACGUUCACACAUCCCAGCCUGGGCUAGAAAGAGGGCACGAGCUGGAGGAGGGGGACACCCCUGGUGCUCAUCUGGAUGGGGCCCUGCGGGCCUGGGCAGAGGCAGUGGCAGUGGGGAUGGCGAGGGUGCGUCGGGCGGUUGGGAGGUUAGCAGUCGUGGGCACGCAGCGUGGGGGAGAGCUGAAGGUAAUGCCGGGGCGCAGGGCCAGGCUGCAUGGAAAGUAGGAGGGAGGCGGAGAGGAAAGGAGCCUGGAAGCAGGGCCAGAGCCAGGUGGGGGAGAAGGGGUUGGGUUUGGGCUGGGUGAUUCUGGUGCGUGGCUGAGGAAGAGCAAGACUGUGGACCUGGAGAUGGGGGAGGAGGGGGACUUUAAAGAGGUCCCUGAUGGCAUCCCCUUCUCCCUCUCUGUAGAGGCCCCACCCCAUGGUUCUUCACUUCCUGACCUGCCUCCUUCCCUGUGGGAGCUGGAAAGGUCGAGGUGAAUGUUGGAGACACAGUCGCGAUGCUGCCCAAGUCCCGGAGAGCCCUAACCAUCCAGGAGAUUGCAGCGCUGGCCAGAUCCUCCCUGCACGGUAUUUCCCAGGUGGUGAAGGACCACGUGACCAAACCUACCGCCAUGGCCCAGGGCCGAGUAGCCCACCUCAUUGAAUGGAAAGGCUGGAGCAAGCCGAGCGACUCGCCAGCAGCCCUGGAAUCAGCUUUCUCCUCCUAUUCGGACCUCAGUGAGGGCGAACAAGAGGCUCGCUUUGCAGCAGGAGUGGCUGAGCAGUUCGCCAUCGCAGAAGCCAAGCUCCGGGCAUGGUCUUCAGUAGAUGGUGAGGACUCCACCGACGAAUCCUAUGAUGAGGACUUUGCUGGAGGAGCUGACGCAGGUGAGUACCAUCCCGUGCUGGUACUGCCUGCUGGCCUGCCUGACAUGGCUGGGCAGCUGCCCCUGGGGCCCCACCUCCAGGCCCCCCCCCCCAGCCGCAGAUUCUCCCGGCCUGUGCGCCAGGGCUCUGUGGAGCCUGAGAGCGACUGCUCGCAGACCGUGUCCCCGGACACCCUGUGCUCCAGCCUGUGCAGCCUGGAGGAUGGGUUGCUGGGCUCGCCGGCCCGGCUGGCUUCCCAGCUGCUGGGCGAUGAGCUGCUCCUUGCCAAACUGCCCCCCAGCCGGGAAAGUGCCUUCCGCAGCCUGGGCCCCUCGGAGGCCCAGGACUCGCUCUACAGCUCGCCCCUCACGGAGUCCUGCCUUUCCCCCGCCGAGGAGGAGCCGGACCCCUGCAAGGACUGCCAGCCACUCUGCCCACCGCCCGUGGGCAGCUGGGAACGGCCGCGGCAAGCCUCUGAUGUGGCCUCUUCUGGGGUGGUGUCCUUAGACGAGGAUGAGGCGGAACCGGAACAGUGAUCCACGCCAUACCUGGUGGCGGCGUGUCCCCCGGCUGUGGCCGGGGGCAGAGCCUCUGUGCCCACGUGUGGGCUCCAAGCUCCCAGCAGCGCCUCGCUGCCCAGACAGCUCCUGGGAGCGUUCACUUCUCCGUUGUGUGUUUUGCAUGAAAGUGUUUGGAGAGGAGGCCGGGGCUGGGCUGGGGGCGCAUGUCCUGACCCCACUCCUGGGGCUUGCCGGGGGUUGCCCGGGGCCCCUGGGGCAUGGCUACAGCUGUGGCAGGCAGUGAUGUCCAUGUUCUUAAAUCAAAAACGCCACACACACAUUCCCUCCUCGGAUGACGUGCGCCCCUCAGGGGGUUGUUGUGACUUGGCUGCGUGGGGGUGGAGGGGGCGGGAGCCCAGCAGCCCCUCCACCCUCCCCAUGCCCCUCUGCUUCUCUCCUCACCUUCGAGUCCAUGUACAGUGCUUGACAACCUCACCCCCGGGGCUGGCUCUGCUCUCCCGGAGCCUACGGACUGGGCCACCCCAGGCCCUGCCCAGCUGGGCCUGUGCUGUGCUUCCUCUCCCUCGUCUCUAAAUCUCCUUUUUUCCUAAAGACAGCAGGUUUUGGUCUGUU